AUGCAUAUACUGUUACCUGGCAAGUUUUACAUCAAAAGUUUUAUACACAGGUAUACUAUGGUGACUUACAUGGUGAAGAAUCUGUCUGCAAUGCAGGAGACCCAGGUUCAAUCCCUGGGUUGGGAAGAUGCCCUGGAGAAGGGAAUGGAUACUCCAGUUUUCUUGCCUGGAGAAUCCCAUGGACACAGGAGCCUGGCGCGCUAUAGUUCACGGGGUCACAAAGAAUCAGACAUGACUAAGUGGCUAACAUUUUUCAUGCAUAAGCAGAGCCAACUCUUAAUACUAAGGUGGCAAACAGUGACCGACACAUACUAG